CGCCCAUUCAAUUCUUACGACUAAACGAACGUACACGUUCAUUCCCAAGGGUCUCAAGAACACCUAUAAUAAGAGACCCAAGGGAGAAUUAUUUAAUCCAUCGAAAUCCGCUUGUAUCCUUAGAGAAUCAAAACGUCAUGGCUUCAUCGUCUUCUACGACACCAUCAACAUUCGGUUUCUCCUCAACCGCAUCUACUGUUACCCCAUACAAUUAUGGGAUAGAACCUCUAAAUGGUACAAACUUCUCAACAUGGAGAGAAUCUGUAAAACUCUCACUUGGCAUGAUGGACCUCGACCAAGCACUGAGAAUGGAUCCACCGGAUGCUCCUAACGCUGAGAGCACUGUGGAGAAGAAGCGUUCUUAUGAACAGUGGGAGAGGUCCAACAGAAUGUGCCUCAUGGUGAUCAAGAAUUCCAUAUCUGUAGCUAUUCGCGGAGCCAUUCCAGACUCAGAAAAUGCGAAAACCUACCUAGAAUAUGUGGAAGAACAGUUUAAGGGCACUUCUAAAGCACAUGCUAGUACCUUGAUUCUCAAAAUGUUGACGAGUAAGUAUGAUGGAGUGAGUGGUAUUCGUGAGCACAUCAUGAAAAUGUCUGAUA